CACGCAGUGAAGUGAAUGUCCUGACGAGAUCAUAACACUGGCUGUGGAAGACGGACUGGCUCUCUGCAGAACACAUACUCCGGAGAGAACACUAUUACUACAACAAGUGAAGAAUCAAGAUGGAGACUGUUCAGGAACGCAAGCCAAAAAGGCCACACUACAUUCCACGACCACCGGGCAAGCCCUUCAAGUACCAGUGUUUCCAGUGUCCUUUCACCUGCAAUGAAAAGUCCCAUCUUUUCAACCACAUGAAAUACAACUUGUGUAAAAACUCAAUCUCGCUGAUGUCACAGAAAACUGGGCAUACAGCUCGACAGGCCAAAGCUGUGGCAAAGGGGGUCCCCAUCAUAUCCAAGGAUUGUGCAAGUCCAGCGCAGGCAGGUUUAAACGACAGCCUUGAGAAACAGGGAGCUGACGAGAACAAAGCGGAGAGCAGAGAAAAUACAGAAGAAAUAGAUGUGGGGUGUGACAGUCCGGUGAAUAAGGACAGUCGGAAUGUGACAACACCAAAUCCAUCUACAGAGAGUGAAAAAAGAGACAGUGAUGAAGCCAAGUCUUUGCCACGCCCAUCUGCCUUCUCCCCUGUUACACCCAACCGUGAUGGAACAGACGCCUUCAAGUCAUCUGUGCAGCAAUCAGAGGAUUCACAGUCCCCAACUCCAACUUUUAACCAUCCAAGUUUACAAUGGGGCACAAUUUCAUCAUCCAUCCCCCUAAAACCAUUACCCCCUCCCAUGGUUCCUGAAUACCCAACUUAUCUCAUGCCAGACCGGUCCCCGUAUCCACCCUACUACUUUGCAGGAAAUCCCCACACAAACGAGCCAAAUGCUUCUUCUUUCCAGCCAGAGUUUCUGGACCCCCAAAGGCCUUUGGUGCCACAACCAAUUGCCCCACCUCACACUUCCCUCUUUCCAGCAUACACAUACAGAUACUGCCACCCUCUUCACCCGCCCACCCCUCUACACUAUGCCCUGUAUAGACCACAUGAGCUCUCCAUGCCAAUUACAGGACCCAGAUAUAUUCCUCUGGAGUUGUAUGACCCAAAUUUUAGGUCCAAGGAUUAUGAUGUAUACCUGCAUUCAGGGCCGAGACACAACAGCUUCAACACAUCUGCACAAGAGCAGAGCAAGCAUGGACAGAGUGGAGACAAAGCAACCAGACAAAGCCCUAAAGAGGGAUGUUCAGCUUUGGGCUCCCCCGACAGGCCGAGCCAUGCACACACCAUCCAGAGAGAUACAGAGGCACUGAACUAUACCAGCAUUGGUGUGACACAAACAACUCCCCAAUUAGGACACACAGCUUCUGACUUAAGACAAGAGGAGUCUUCAGAGAGUUUGCCACAUUUAAGUAAUCAGCAUGUGGACAGAAGGUCCUCAGAGAGCAGAAGUUAUUCAUCCAUGUCCGUCUCAGAGCCAUGUCCUGAAACCAUGUCAGAACAAGAUGAUAAGGACAGCAGAGUAGAUCUGGCUCCCCUAAAUCUCUCAACAAGAAAACAGGAUAAAGAAAAUAGCCCAUCUGAACACAGACUGAGGUAUUCCGACACAUUAAAGGGGGAGAUGUUGCCUCUGAACCUCAGUCUUCGACCGUCUUACAGCAGCCCUGACGAUCAGCUGAGGCCAGACAAUGAGCUGGAGGAAGAGCCAUGUGACCAGAGGCAGACUGCAGCACUGGCACUGUGUCAGCUAGCAAUUGCAGGCUCUGCUGUCUCGUCGUGUGACUUCAGCACUGCAGUCGUGCCCUCAUAUGACUGCACAGAUGCUCGAAGCCCGAGCUCUCCUGAUGACACUAAGCAUAAGGUAACUGGCAUGAAAAGAGCAAACAGGGGUGAGUCUGAAAACCACUGCCAUAAACCAAAUAAGCAAGCAAGAGCUCCACGACGGGUUCUGAGGAGGAGGCCUCGCUGAUGCUGACAAAGUAUCUCUCACCUGGACAAAUGUAAGCCCCAGCGUAUUGAAUAUCAAUAUUAAAAAGUAUGAAUAAAGCACUGAAUGAUUAGAUCUAGUUCUUGUCAGAAGAGAAGCAACAUAUCUACAGAACUGCCACAAGAACAACUACUGAAAAACUGAAAAUGUUGUCACAGGUAUAUGUACAUUAUGUUUUGUUACACUUGAUUUAAAGAGGUGAAAAGCAUUUUUUUAAGGGUUCUUAUUAUUUAAACGUGGACACUUUUGUAAUAUAAAUGUUUACACUGUGAGAUGUGGUAAUGCACUGUAAAUGUAAAACAU